GGUUUUCUUCAAGGACGGCUGGCUUCCCCUCAUCCUGGCAGCCUUUCCCCUGCGCAUGGCGUGAACAGAAGACCUCGCUGGAGAGGAAGACGAGAUGCCGCCCUUCCGAUUCAGGCCGAACGGCCGAAUGAGGACCAACUGCAGCCAGUGCGAGAAGACCCUGACCCUCCAGACGUCCGUGAAGGUGCUCGGCGUCUUUGUCAUCCUGCUGGUGGUGGCCGUGGUGGUCCUGGCGGCUUUGGUCUUUAAGAAGAUGGAUUCUAUCUCUGAUGAUGUGAACUCUGCCCAGGCAUACUACGAGAAGACGCUUGAGUCAGUUCAGGAGAACCUUCAAGAGCUGGCGGCUGUACAGCAGAUGAACUUCACCCUCGGUCAGACCUCGGAUUGGGUCCACAUCAUCCAGAGGAAGACGAACGAGGAGACGUUGACGCUCCAGAAGAUUGUGACGGACUGGCAGGAUUACACCCGUCUUUUUGGCACUCUGAGGGUGACCUCCUCCAAAACGGCCGAGCUGGUCAAGAGCCUCCAGACCGGCGUGAGCGUUGCUUCGCAGAGGAUCGGCCAGAACUCCGAAGGCAUGCACGACCUGGUCGUCCAGGUGAUCAGCUUGCAGUGGCAACUGGACAAUAUCUCCUCCUUCCUGGAUGACCACGUGGAAAACAUGCACGACCUCCAGUACCACACCCGGUACACGCAGAACCGGACGGCGGAGCGCUUUGAGACCUUAGAAGGCCGCAUGGCCUCCCACGAGAUCGAAAUCAGCACCAUCUUCACCAACAUCAAUGCCACCGACAGCCACGUCCACAGCAUGCUCAAGUACCUGGACGACGUACGGCUCUCUUGCACGUUGGGCUUCCACAUGCAUGCUGAGGAACUCUAUAACCUGAACAAAUCAGUCAAUGGCAUGCUGAGCAGCACAGACCGCCUGAGGGAGCGCUUCAGCUUGCUCAACGCCCGGCUGGACUUUGACAUCCGCAACCUUUCCAUGGUCAUGGAAGAGAUGAAGACCGUGGACACUCGCCAUGGGGAGAUCCUCCGGAACAUCACCAUCUUACGAGGUGUUCCGGGACCCACCGGCCCCAGAGGAUUCCGGGGAGACCAAGGGAUCAAGGGUCCACCGGGAAGCAGAGGACCCAAAGGCGACCCAGGAAGCCUGGGCCCACCGGGGCCCCCAGGAACUCGAGGCUCUCCCGGGGCCCCAGGACCCCAGGGCGAGAGGGGUGCCGGGGGCUCCAAAGGACCACCGGGAUUCAAAGGGUCUAAGGGCAGCUUUGGACAAGUGGGUGCCAAAGGGCAGGCGGGCCCUAAGGGAGAUGUGGGGCCCCCUGGGCCAGGGGGGCCCCCAGGGGCCCCUGGACUGACUGGACCACCAGGGAAACCAGGCAUCCCUGGCAAACCAGGGAGCCCGGGUCCCAUUGGGCCAACCGGACCCAAGGGGGACCCUGGGAUCCGCGGCCGGCCUGGACUACCGGGGCCACCAGGACCGCCGGGAAUCUGAGUAACCCCCUGCUCUUGGCGCAAAAAAGGGGACGUUGGGUGUUGGCGUUAGAGGCAGGCAGCUGCUGGGCAGGGUCUCCUCCACGGCCAGGCGACGGCAGAGGCAGCAAGGCCUGCGCAUGCGCUCGCACACGGAGAGACACACACCGGGCUCCUGCUGUCAUUGACUCUUCCCUGAUGGGACCCGUUUCUAGAAGCUUAGAAGCCGUUUAGCAAAUUGCUCAAAUGACUGGAUCCCCGUUAUUACAGAACAGGCAAGGCGCUGCAGCUGCUGUCUAUGCGCUCACACACACACACUCACACACACAAGGUCAGCACCGAAAACCAAGCCCUCUCUCUGAUAUGGUUGCUCACCUUCCUGAGGAGCCCUGCGGGGCCACCAGCAAAAGCGCCCCCCCCAAGACCUGGAUAGGCCAUCUCCCAGUCCCUUUGCCACCACUUUCUUUCCUGUCCCUGCUCUUCUGCCUUGGGUGACCGUGGCUGAAGCUUUUCCCCUCCCUUCUCUUCAUGCAGAGAUAAAAUUUCAGGUGCUGCUAGAUUUCUACUUGCAGGGUGCCACGAAAAGCCCACAAACAGAGAGUAACAAAAAAGGUACAGCGCUUGUAAAAACAGGCCUGUGGGUGACCUUCCCUCCUUUCCGCUGCGCUCAUGAGAGCAGCAUAAAAUGCGAAGUAGGCAGGAGGGAGGGAGGGAGGGUGGACGGACAGGAGGGCCCAGACAUAGGAGGCAGAAGCGGCCCAGGUCUUCUGAGGAAGGGGCUUUUUCAGACUGCCACUCCCUGCACCUCCAGUGGCCCCAUCAUUGGCCGGAGAAUCUGGGGGGUGGUUGUCCAAAGAAGUCACUUUGUCAAGCUCUGCAAAAAAGUUCCGUGUGUAAAGCAGGUGUUUUCUGACACAGACUACAAACUCCAGAAUGCACCCCUGGCCGCUACUGACAGAAUCAUCCUCCCAGCAGGGAAAUCCAAAGAGAUCAUCUUUGGACCUUGGUUCCCCCCCCGCCCCCGGGUGGGAUUUCAGACUCCCGGACUCUGAUUUUGCACACUGCCGGAGAAGCCCUUUCCACCAUCGGGGCAGUUCCACAGGCUCGCAGGAGACUCUGGUUUAUUCUGCGUUGGGUCCACGGACGUGGAGGGGGACACAGACGUGCCACUCCCCGCACGGGCUGCCUGGUGAUUCCCAGGUAAACACAGAGGAGGAAGGGCAGCCGAGCAGGAGGAAGCGGCGAAGAAGGGAGAGGUCGCCCAAGGGGGGAGCUGGCUGCAAACGUUUGGCCACCUCAGGGGAACAAUCCAGUAUUCUUGUUCCACCAAAAAAACCACCACACACCUCUCCUGUCCAGUUCAGGGUCCCGACGCUUUACCCCAAGCGUGACAUUCUGGCAAGCCAGCCAGGAGCUCAGAGAAGUCUGGCUUUUCUGACCUUCAGCAUUCCCAUGCCAGCAGGCUGUGUGUGCGCAUUGAGGAAGUGGUGAAGGGCUGAGGAUCCGACCCGCAUUUCUGUUGCCAAGGCCAGCCUCCCUCGGGGCCCGGGCCCGUUUGUGGCUGUGCAGCCCUGUGCACUCCUUCCGUGGUGCAGCUGGUUUGCGUCACCCUCCCUUCUCAGCUGUGUAACCUUGUUCUCUGUGUACAAUAUGAGCGCGCCCCUUUGUGUAUUUCCCAGACCAAUAAAGAUAGAAAUGUACAGGUA